AUGGUCUUCUCCGUUUUGCUCCUCGCAGUUCCCUUUGCGCUGCAAGCGAACGCGGCUUCAAUACCAGCUUCAGCACAAGCUAUCGGUCUGGACAUCAGUGCUACUCUCCAAAAUAUAUUGGCGAAUACACAGCAAAGCGAUGCCUACACAUAUCCUACCGAUUUGACGAGAGGCAUUGUUGUGAAACCAAUUCACUCACACAACGAUUACUGGCGCGACGUUCCAUUCUACUCAGCACUAUCGGUGGGCUGUGCAUCGAUCGAAGCCGACGUCUGGCUUUACAACAACACCCUCUACGUAGGUCAUGAGACCUCGGCCCUCACACCGGCUCGCACGCUCGACUCGCUCUACAUCCAGCCCCUGCUGGACACGCUGAAGCGACAGAACCCCUCCUCACCAUUCGUCACGGCACCGACCAAGAACGGCGUCUACGACACCUCCUCGGGCCAGACUCUGCUCCUGUUUAUUGACCUUAAAACCAAUGGGACGACAACCUGGCCCGCCGUUGUCACUGCUCUCCAACCUCUACGGUCAGCGGGUUACUUAACCACCUUUAAUGGUACGGGGGUCACCGUUGGACCUGUGACGGUUAUUGGCACGGGCAACACGCCACUCAACCAGAUCCAACCAGUCCAGCAGAGAGACUACUUUUUCGACGCGUCGUUACACUUGCUGAGCUCGACGCAAUCAAACAUCACGGCGGCCGUGUCUCCUGUGGCAUCGACGGCUUUCAGUGCCCAAAUCGGCGCCAUCAACGGUACUACGUUUAACUCCACGCAACUCGCGACGUUGAGAAGUCAGAUCGCGGUGGCCAAAUCCAAGGGAAUCCUCCCGAGAUACUGGGACACUCCGGGGUGGCCUAUCAGCACCAGGAACGCAGUCUGGGGAACCUUGCUCGAAGAAGGUGUAGGAUUGUUGAACGCUGAUGACUUACCUGCAGCGGCGGGCUUCGGAGCGUAUUACGGACUAUGGUGA